GGCUGCCUGAGUUUGACGGAGAGGGAGAGAGAGAGAGAGAGAGAGAGAGACACAGAGAGAGAGAGAGAGAGAGAGAGAGAAGGGGAGCGAGAGAGAGAGAGAGAGAGAGAGAGAGAGAGAGAGAGGCGCUGUUGAUUCGGAAAGGAGUUGACACAAAGUCAAACGACUCAGGGUUUUUUUUUUGGAAGCUUCAUCGGACAAUUAAUACGCGGGAUCGGAAUAAAGGAUAUCGGAUUUGAUCAGAAGGAUCGGUGUUUUUGUUUUUUCCCCUUUCUUUCUUUCCUUCUUUCUUUCAAACCUAUGAGGAUAUUUUCUCUCAUCCGUAGAGGGGCGCGUAGCAACAAGAUCCACACCAAUGAUUGUGCAAGUUGAGGAGAAGUCAGAACAUCAAAAGUUAAAAGACCCUGCUGAGGCUCCAGGGUUGUUCUCACAUAGAAACCACUUGCAAGUUGGUUCAGUGUGCUGUGGUUCGCAGAUGGACUCCCCUGCCAGGAUGAUAUGAGAUCUGCCAGAGGACGAUGCAUACAGGAGGAGAGACCUCAGCAUGCAAACCCUCGUCUGUUCGGCUUGCUCCUUCAUUUUCGUUCAAUGCGGCAGAUGUGCAGAUGGCUGCGCAGACGCCCCAUUCUCACCCGCCGUUCAGUGACGGCCACCAGCCGAGCGCUGACCCGCCGGCCCCUGUGCUGCCCUACGGCCCACAGGCCCCACAGCUCAACACCACCCAGGUGACUGCUGAUGUGGUGAUGUUACAAAGGCGGAUCCCCCAGUGCUUUCGGGAUCCGGCCACAGCUCCCUUAAGAAAACUCUCCAUUGAACUGAUCAAAACCUACAAACACAUCAAUGAGGUUUACUAUGCAAAAAAGAAGCGGCGUCACCAACAGGGCCAGGGGGAAGACUCCAGUAAUAAGAAGGAGAGGAAGAUCUACAAUGACGGUUAUGACGAUGACAACUUUGACUACAUCGUUAAAAAUGGCGAGAAAUGGAUGGAUCGCUAUGAAAUAGAUUCAUUGAUAGGCAAAGGAUCGUUUGGACAGGUUGUGAAGGCCUAUGACCGCCUUGAGCAGGAGUGGGUUGCCAUUAAGAUCAUAAAGAAUAAAAAGGCUUUUCUGAACCAAGCACAGAUCGAAGUACGGCUCCUGGAGCUCAUGAACAAGCAUGAUACUGAGAUGAAGUACUAUAUAGUUCACCUGAAACGUCACUUCAUGUUUCGGAACCACCUAUGUCUGGUGUUCGAGAUGCUAUCCUAUAACCUGUACGACCUACUGCGGAACACAAAUUUCCGUGGUGUCUCCCUGAACUUGACACGGAAGUUCGCGCAGCAGCUGUGCACAGCGCUGCUCUUCCUGGCCACGCCUGAACUCAGUAUCAUCCACUGUGACCUUAAGCCCGAGAACAUCCUGCUCUGCAAUCCGAAGAGAUCUGCCAUCAAGAUUGUUGACUUUGGCAGCUCCUGCCAGCUGGGACAGCGGAUAUACCAGUACAUUCAGAGCCGCUUCUACCGCUCCCCAGAGGUGUUGCUUGGCAUGCCAUAUGACCUGGCUAUAGAUAUGUGGUCACUGGGCUGCAUCCUAGUGGAGAUGCACACUGGAGAGCCUCUGUUCAGCGGAGCAAAUGAGGUGGACCAAAUGAACAAAAUAGUGGAAGUUCUGGGGGUCCCUCCCAGUCAUAUACUGGACCAGGCGCCGAAAGCGAGGAAGUUUUUCGAGAAGAUGUCUGACAACACGUGGUGUGCAAAGAAGACCAAAGAUGGCAAACGGUAUAAGCCAGCGGGCUCUCGUAAGCUGCACAAUAUUCUGGGUGUGGAGGCAGGUGGUCCAGGUGGGCGCAGAGCAGGCGAGUCAGGCCAUGCUGUUGCCGACUACCUGAAGUUCAAGGACCUGAUCCUGCGAAUGUUGGACUAUGACCCUAAGAGCCGCAUCCAGCCCUACUACGCCCUGCAGCACAGCUUCUUCAAAAAGACAGCUGAUGAGGGCACCAACACCAGCAGCAGUGUGUCCACCAGCCCAGCACUGGAGCAGUCUCAAUCCUCCGGAACCACCUCCAGUACCUCCUCCAGCUCAGGAGGGUCUUCUGGAACUAGCACCAGUGGACGUGCCCGCUCUGAUCCCACACAUCAGCACCGACUCAGUGGAGGCCAUUUCAGUGCUGCAGUAGGCAUGGACUGCCACAACCUCUGCCCUCAGGCGAGGCAGGCGUUCGCACCCGCCCUGGGCUGGGUUGGUGGAGACGGGCUUCAGCAGGCUGCAGGAGAGACUCACCCUGUCCAAGAGACCACCUUCCAUGUGCCUCCCCACCAGCCCAAACCCUUGCACCCCCACAGCUCCCACCACCACCAUCACCAUCACCACCACCACCAUCACCACCCCCAGCACGGGCAGGGCCCGGCUCGGCCGCGGCCCAGACUGUAUUCGCCCUCGCACAGCGCCUCCACGCAGGACUCCAUGGAGGUGUCACACGGCCACCUGUCCAUGACCUCCCUGUCUUCCUCGGCCUCCUCCUCAUCUACGUCCUCAUCGUCCACUGGGAACCACCACCAGGCCUACCAGAGCCGCCCGCUGCCGCUCGGCCUGGGUUAUAGCCACCCCGGUGGAAUGAGCCUCGGCCUGGGUGCCUUCUCCAACCCGCGCCAGGAGACGGGCAUGGCAGGACAUCCCUCCUACCCACUUGCCACGAACUCGGGCCCGGGCCACUACAUAGCAGAGACACAUAUGGGCCUGCGUCAGGGCCUGGAUCGAGAGGACUCGCCCAUGGCCGGAGUGUGCGUGCAGCAGAGCUCUGUGGCCAGCUCCUGACUACGCUGAGAACGCUUUUUCCUCUGUGUGUGUGUUUUUAAAACGCUGGUGUUUUCAAAAAAGUGCAUAGAGAUUAAAAGCUGCUGUAAAGAGAAGGGAGAUGAUGACUGACGCUGUAGCGCCGAGCCCCCACCCACUCCCCACCCCCGCCCCCCCGCGCCACGCGCAUUCAAACUCCCCUCUGCUCACUGCUGGAGGCCUCUGUUUCAGUCAUUUACCAUUUUUGCUUGGAACAUUUUCAAGUGAAUUUGAUUUUAUUAUAAAGGAGAAAAAGAAAGUUUCGUAUGUUUUCACCUAUUCCUUUUCAUUCAACUCUUUUUAAUUGCUUAUUAACAUAUGCACCUUCCUGACAGCCGUGAGAUUAGGUUUCUAUUUAAGGUCUGGGAGAAGGUCCAGUGGUCGGGGAGACAGACGUUCUCUGCCCGUAAAGCAGUGCGGCGAAAAAAAACACGAAACAAAAAAACAAUCCAUCAUCUCCAACGGUUACUCUUUCAAGCGCCAUCUUUUUGUUUCUCAGAAGGCUCGUUUUUUGAACGUUUUUUCUUCAUGUUGUGCAAUUCUAUGCUUUUGAGUUCAGCUUUCAGAGCAGCAGCAUUAGAGAGCGCAGGUGCGCCAUGUGGGUCUCACCUGUAGAGAGCGCAGUUUGCAAGUCUCUCCCCUUAAAGAGCGCAAGCGUGUGGGUCUCUCACAUCAAGUGGUGCAGUUUGUUAGUGUCUCCCCUAGAGGGCUGUCUGUGGGUCCCAGAGCAGCAGCAGCAGCAGCAGCAGCAGUGUGCUAGUGUUAAAAGUUUAGUGAGGAGCUCUAAAGUGGGCAGAAGCCUGGUACUGGGCAGGGUGGACAGCAAGUUUGAAAUAUGGCCUUAUCACGCACUGAAUGAAAAGAAGCUGGACGUUACCCUUAAAGUAAAAGAAAAAUAUAGCUUUCCUGUAUUUUUUAAGUAUGGAGUACACUUAAGUCUUUACACAUGGAGAAAUAGGAAACAGAGUAUGAAAAUGGUUAUUUGAGGCCUUCCUUACCUAGAAUUCUACUCUUUGGGAGUCUUUUUGCUGGGCCUUGUGAAUUCACAGGAGUAGUAUUGCAAGCCGAAUGGAAUCAGCUACUACUGUGUCCCUUACUGCUUUAUUAUCGUUUUCUUUGUUUUUCUCGCUUUCUCUUCUUCGCUUCGUUUUAAUUUGGUUGUUUUCAGCAUGUGAUUUUACUUUGAGCCUCUGCACAUUUUUUUUUGUUGUUGUUUUUCUGUUCACCCUGGAAUUCUUAACAUGCAGAAGUUUGUGUGACUGCUUUUUAUUUUUAUUUUAUUUUUUUUGCCUCACAAUUAUGCUGUGAAUUUUAGGAGAGUUUAUUUUCCCUUUUGAUAAUUUAUUGUACCAAAGCAGUUUUUUUAUAGCACAUAGAUGUCUGUAACCAAUAAUGUAGCAGUUGUGCACUUUGAAACAAGGUGUAUCAGACCUUUUUUUUUUUUUUUUUUUUUUUUUUUUUUUUUUUUUAAAUGUCAGUAAAAAUGGCUGUAUCUAUUGCUUUGUCGAAACUGGAACUGUUGUUUAACGCGGCACAUUUUACUGAGAGCUGGAUCCUGAUCAGUUGGGGUUUUUAUGGGUUUUUUUUUUUUGUUUGUUUGUUUUUUCCCCCUUUUUUUUUUUUUUUUUUUUUUUUGAUACCAGAAAACACAGAAAAACAACUAAAAACACAACUCUUUUGCGUGAGUAGAUUUUAGUUUCGCUUCGCUCCGUGAGAUUGAGGGAGGGUUGAUGCCCGUGCUGUUGGCUGCUCUGCGGGUUCCAGAGCUUCAGGGUAAGCCGCUGACCGUCUCAACGCGAGAGCGUGACCCCUUUGGCCCAGUGGCGGAGCGCAGACGGCGAUUUGUUGAGGUGCCUGAUUUAUCUGGGUUCCGCUGCCUUAAGCAUUCAGCACCGCCGCUCUCCUGAACGAACAGCGUGGCCCCCUGCAUUCAGGUUCAUGUUCAGCCCACCCCACCAGGCUCAGACAGGAAGCUGGGGGCUCAAAGGGGCGCAGGGGUUGAGAUUUGUGAGAACACAGCCUGGUCUGCUGAACUGUCUCUGUCGCUCGCGCUCUCUUGCUUCGUCCCUUUCGCUAACGGUAUCUUCAUACCUCGCUCUCUGUCUCGCCCUGUCUUGCUCGCUCGCUCUCUCUCUUUCGCUCUCUCCAUGUGAGUGUGAUGAUGAUGAUGAUGAUGAUGAUUAUGAUGAUGAUGAUGAUGAUGAUGAUGAUGCCUAUAAAUACAAGGUAAAUGGUCCUAUAGGGUUCUUAUUCUCGGCCAGCAGCAGAGGACAGCUAAUGGGAGGAGUCCAUGAAACCCAGGCUUCAGGUGUUUACUUUGUGACCCCAUUUUAAUAGCUGAAAUAGAAUUUAUGUACAUAUUUAUAUUUUUUUAAUAAAGGAAGUUUAGAACUCACUACUUUUUUCCUAAUGGUAUUUUGAGUACAUUUAAGUCAGCUUGGUGACCAUGCAGUGGAACUCUCUGUGGUAGUCAAUGGGUAUCAGUGCUUCCAGCCCAAAGUAGUUGACAAUGCCAGUACAAAUGCAAAACUCUAGGGUUUAAAAUCUAACAGGAGAGUAGAUCUUCAUACCUUAAAUAUAAUAGACAGGGUAUAGUGUGUGGAUGUGUGUCUACAAUCCGAAUGACGGCAGUGUUUUCAUAUAUUCGUAUACAUAAGAGAUUAUGUAUGCCUAGUACAGGAAAUAUUUUUGUUGUGUUCAUUUGGCACAAGCUUCAAUAAAUGGGUCCAUGUGAAAAAACCGAAAGUA